AUGAAUACAUCAGGGAACUUGGAGCAUGGAGAUUCAAACAUGGAAAUGGAUACAGCGAUGGUUUCAGAAUCGAAACCUUCCCUUGUUUCUGAAUUACUCGAAUUCACACUUCAACAUCCUUACAACUAUGAAGGGCACGUGAAACUCGUAGAAGAACUCAAACAACAUGGACUAAAAGAUGAUUUGCAUGCCGCAAGAAAACGAUUUCAAAGCCUAUUUCCUCUCUCAGAAGAUAUAUGGAUUGAAUACUUGGAAGACGAAAAGGCAGUGUGCAAUACCCUAGAAGACUACGAACGAAUUGUCGGUUUGUUUGAAAGUGCAGUGACAGACUAUCUUUCGAUUCGUCUUUGGCAACUAUAUUUAGAGUUUUUAUUAACACUCGUCGACCCAAGCACAUUUUCUUCUGAAAAUGCCGAGCUGCAAGACGUGGUUUCUCUGCAAGAUGUCUACACCUUAUUUAAGAGAGCAUAUGAAAUAUGCAAAUACCAUUUUAAUCAGAGCCAAAAAAUUUGGGAACAAUUUUUGGAGUUUCUUGAAGAAACUGGUGAAAACCUAUUUGAAUCCGGCCAAACAAUAACGUUGCGAGAUAGAAUGUACGAAUUUUAUAUUGAAAGAUUAGAAAUACCCCACAGUCAGAUCGAGGAAACAUUCUCAUCAUUUUCGUCUUUCGUUACCAAAAAUUGGUCACAAGAAGAAUACGAAGUCAUUAUGUCGAACACGAAUAAAAUAUAUGAGACGAACCUGUCGAAACAUAAGAAAAUAUAUGAUAACGAAUUGCAAUUGAGUGCUUCUAAUCAUUCCUUAGAAUGCUACAUGGACCUCCUUAAUUCUGAAUCUAGACGAAGCACCUCUAUUCAUCAAUAUGUUGCUACACUUUAUGAAAGAGCUAUAAGCUUCUACCCUCUUGUAGGUGAUCUAUGGCUUGAGUACUUGGCUUGGGUGAGCAAACCUGACUUUCCUCCUCAGGCUUAUGCUAUUGCAGAGCGUUCUGUUCGAAAUUGCCCUUUUGUAGGGAAAUUAUGGGCCAUAAAGCUUCUAUACAUGAUUGUUGCUGGAUUGUCUAAUAGUGCAAUUCACCAAGAGAAAGAAACAUGUUUACAGAUGGAUUUGUUUUCUGGAUUUGAUGAAUACUGUGCCUUUUUCUCUGAAUAUCUUAAACUUUGUAUAUAUAUUUCCUCUAAUGAACUAGACCCUACGCUUUAUAUCAAAAAUGAGAUUGAAGCCAUCGAGAACUUCAUGCACCAUCAUUUUCCCGGGCUUCGAGAUCAUAAUAUGCGGAUAGAAAGUGCCAAAAUUAAUUUACUUAUUUCUCUAAAUGAUUAUGAGAGUGUCGAAGCUAGUUGGAUUAGACUUCAGAAAGAUUUCCAUAAGAGCGCAAAGUUUUGGAUUCUUAGAUAUGCAGCUACAUUACGAUACAACCCAGAGCUAGCCAUUGACACUUUGAGAAAAGGUCUGUAUAAGGAUCUCGACAAUCCCAUGCUAUUGUUUCAAUUUUAUGAAUCGGUUGUAACACUUAAUCAUGAUUGUUUUACCUCAAUUUCUCAGUUCUAUGAUUUUACGCAAGCGAAAAGUUUAUAUGUCAAGAGGAGCCUUACUUCUCAUUUACAAAACCAAGAACUGACAUUCUCAACGGAAGUUCAAGAAAAGGCAGUUAGUUCACCUGAUCGUGCCAAGAAGCGGAAGCCUGAGGAUGACGAAAGUUUGUUGAAAAAAUCAAGAUUACCAGAAAAACAUCGGAACAGAGAAGAAUUCACUAUUUUAGUUAGUAAUCUUCCAGAUGAUAUUAGCGAGAAGGAUUUGCAGCAAUUUUUUAGAGACUGCGGCAAGAUUUUACAGAUAUUUAUCUAUGAUGACAAAGAUGGGAAAAAGUUAGCACAGGUUGAGUUUUCCGAAACCAGUGAGGUUCUUGCUGCUAAGACUAAAGAUAUCAAACAGAUCAAAGGACAUGAAAUUUCUGUUCAAGUUCAUGUUGAUACCACCCUUUAUGUUACAAAUUUUCCGCCUACGUUCGAUGAAAAUAAAAUGACGGAUCUUUUCACGAAGUACGGCCGUGUUGUACAAAUUCGGUUUCCAAGUUUAAAAUACGACACAAACCGGCGUUUCUGCUAUAUUCAAAUGAGCACACCGGAAGAAGCCUACCAUGCAUUACAAUUACACUCAAAAGUGUUCGAAAAUCGUUACGAGUUGAAGGUUUUUAUUUCAGACCCCAACAAAAGCGGAGCUAGAAGUGGGGCUGUGUACGAAAAAAGAGAGCUUUAUUUGACCAACGUCGACUUUAGUGUUAAUGAAAGUCAAGUCCUUGAGUUUUUCCUAAACUAUGGCACCGUUGAAAGUGUUCGAUUACCUUCAAAAGCUUCCACAAAAGGCCACAUGGGGUUCGGCUAUGUGAUCAUGUCUUCUAGUUCCGAAGCCGAGAAUGCUUUAAAUGCUGCCGGAAAGGUCCUAGGAAAGAGAGUUUUGAACGUUGUAAUUUCCCAGCCCAAGAAAGCUAUCAGCAAAGAAAAAUCUACUAAAGAUAAGCGACCAGCGUUUACUAAAAUGCUUAAUAAGGAUGCAACCGAUAGUACUAGUCCACCGAUGUCACUUAAUCAGGUUCAUAGUAAAAGCCUAGGAAUAGUUAACGUCGAUCAAACGGUCAAUGAAGCAAGAUUGAGGUCGGUAUUCGAGCCACAUGGAGAAAUUUUUAGAGUCGUUCUACAUCCUGAGCACGAAGGUGCAAUUGUUGAAUACGUUGACAUACAUAAUGCUGGUAAAGCGGCACUUGCCGUGGAGGGUAUGAAAUUGAGUGGUCGAGAAUUACACGUAACAACGGUGAACGAAAUGAUGCAUAACAGUCCGGAAUAUAACCAAACAUUCGUCCCUAAACUACGUCCACGGAAGGCUGGCGCUAGAUUAGGCAUUCAAAAAUUCCAGAAUUCAGCAAAUCAAGCUGACACUCAAAAAGAGUCAAAGAAUGACGAAGACGACACUAUGCAGAUUGAUCCUCCUAAGACCAAUGAUGAUUUUCGACGAUUUCUAUUUAAAGGCACGUGA